AUGAAAGUCUCUCGAAAAGAAUACGAUAAUAAAAAUAUUGAUGACUUUGUCUAUGACAUAAGUCUGCUGAAGGCACCGCAAAAUUACGGAGCCAAUAAAUCGGAUAAAAAUUCAAAGCAGCCUGAAUCGAAGAAGGUUGCAAAAGGACAGAAUGAGGAGAAGGAACCUGAAGGAACGUUGGAAAGCCUUCAGGAACAACCAGUAUUGACUCAGAAGAAAGGACAGAAUGAAUUUGUUGAAUUUGUUGAUCCUAAACCUGACAAACAGCUGAAGAAAGUAGAGGUUUUGGAAAAGCGAGUUGAAACUCGUCACAACCGUGUUUAUGUUUCUCCCUUGACUACUGGCGGAAAUCUUCUUUUUGUCUCAGUAGCAACAGUCUGCAUUAUAGCUGCAGUGAUCGGUAUCAUUGGAGGAACCUAUUAUUUCCACAAAGUAAGAAGUCAGCGCAUUGAAGACGCUUUUUCGAACUUCUCACAUUAUGCGCCGACUGGACCCGGGAAGGAAAAGAAGAAAAAAGAUGGUGAUGAAGGCUUAGCGUACAGAGCUCAACUCCAUCAUUACCAACAGACAAAACAAAAAAUAAUAUCCGGCAAUGAACAAGAUAUUGGAAUACCAGAACCGGAUGAUGCAAGCGAAGCCUCAGAUUACGAUGACAAUAACUUUUCUGUUUAUGAAUGUCCAGGACUUGCACCAACUGGUGACCUUGAAGUGCAGAAUCCAAAUUUUACUCGGCCAUAA